CAGUGGCAGCGUGGGGGUGAAGGCAGGCUGGCAGCGGCGCUCAUCUCCUCUAUAUUGUGAACAAACGCCAAAUGGGAGUGGAUCAGUGAACUAUGAGUAUGGAAGGAUGUGUUCAUCUUUCCGAGUUCAAGUCGUCGAAAGGAACGCAGCCAUUCCGGUUGAUCUACAGCUUCUUCGUGUUUUGUACCAGUAAGGCGGCGCGGCUUCAGAAGGCAAAAUGGUGCGUGUGUUCAGUGUGUGGUACUCACAGCCCAAGACUCCAUGCCUGCUUACACUGUGUCCAUUUUGCUUGCUACCAGGGCCAUAUACAAGACCACUCAGCCUCUAUGCAACACAAUCUAGUUGUGGACGUAGAACAAGGUCAAGUUUUGUGUGUGGCGUGCGGUGAUUACGUUUAUGACACGGAUGUUGGCCGCAUCGCUCAGGCGUGUAGGGAAAAGUCGCGGAGAUCGCUGGGCUUGGACACAGAAUACCGGGCGUGGGAGCCUGACCAGGUGGAGAUGACCCUUCUUCAGGCUAAUCCUAAAAGACGGAGACCUACUGCAAAUUCUACCAUAGGACUUCGUGGUUUAAUUAAUCUAGGCAACACGUGCUUCAUGAGCUGCAUCAUCCAGGCACUGACGCACACACCGCUGCUUAGAGAUUACUUCCUCUCGGACAAGCACGUGUGUCAGUUCAAUAAUGAUUCCACACGUUGCUUGGUCUGUGAAAUCUCCAGGCUCUUCCAGGAGUUUUACAGUGGGAACAAGGCCCCUCUGAUUCUCCACAAACUACUUCACCUUAUAUGGACUCAUGCCAGGCACUUGGCCGGGUACGAGCAGCAAGACGCUCACGAGUUCUUUAUCGCAGCCCUCGACGUACUACACCGUCACUGCCAGGGCAACCCUCCCUCCAAUGGAGAUUCCACACACACAUGUUCCUGUAUUAUAGACCAAAUUUUUACCGGUGGACUCCAGUCUGACGUUGUAUGUCAGGCAUGCAACGGAGUCUCAACUACCAUAGAUCCUUUUUGGGAUAUUUCACUGGACUUGGGGCCAUGUCCCUAUGGCACCAGCAAAGCAGAUAAGACAGUCCCCACUUCUCUUGCCGACUGUUUAGACCGAUUUACACGGCCUGAGCAUUUAGGCAGUAGUGCAAAGAUAAAAUGCAGUGGGUGUCAAAGCUAUCAAGAAUCCACCAAACAACUCACCAUGAAAAAACUUCCUAUUGUGUGUAGCUUUCACCUUAAGAGAUUCGAACAUAGCAACAGAUUACACAAGAAAAUCUCAACGUUCAUUUCCUUUCCGGAACAUUUGGACAUGACUCCAUUUAUGUCUAACAGAAGGAACAAUAAUAACAACCACAAUGGUGUUACAACACAUCCAACUGAUAUUAAUAAUAGGUAUUCUCUAUUUGCGGUAGUUAACCACGUAGGCAGCCUAGAUGCUGGUCACUACACAGCGUAUGUGCGUCAACACCGCGACCAGUGGUACAAAUGUGAUGAUCACAUGAUCACUCGAGCCACCAUCCAGGAUGUGCUACAGAGUGAAGGAUACCUCCUUUUUUAUCACAAGCAAAUUUUAGAAUAUGAUUGAAAAAUUCUUCAACUAAUCCACUGGAUUUAAUAAACCUCAACAUGGGUAAUCUCAGCUGACUUGUGAAAGUCUUCAUUGUCAACCUGCCGCCUCGGACUGAAGUGCAGGGAAUAUGUUUCAUGGUGACAGCUAACAGCUCCCGGUCAAUCUGCAAGUCUGAAUACAAACACUCGAAUGAAGUUUAUGAAAAGGCACCUCAAAGGCAAGGAGUACUUUACAUUGAAGACUCAAUGUAAACCAAGAAAAGGGGAUUUUUUUUUAUAUAUGACACGAGCUGUAUAGGUGAUGGAGAUUGGAGAACGCAUUUUGUACGAGCCUUUUUUUUCCCAGUUUGUGCUGUACUUGCAGAGAGAGACCAAAGACUCCUAGCUUCUGAAGAUAAUCAGGGUGUCACAGUGUUUACGUUUUAUUUUAUAACAGGGAUUUUCACCAAGAUAUGGUGAUGAUUUCUAUCUUGGUUUGUGUCUUCCAUGACUUAACAGAAGGUAAAGGUGUAAAUUGGAUCUAGUCCUCGGUACAUAAAUGUUCCAUUCUGGUUCUGGAAUGUAAAUGCAAAAGGUUAUCAGGUAUUUUGAGCUUCUUAUGGUGAUAGUAAUAGUAACUUGUUUUCAUCCUAGAUUGAAAAUAAGACCCAAGACUACGGUGUGGAGGGUAGGUACGGUGACCUCACAAGAAAGGACCAUCUCCCGGCGACCACUGUUGCCGUGCUAAGUGUAUACCGUCGAUGUGUAGCCGUGAAGUGGGCGUUGGCGCGCUGAUCUAAACAUCAAUCUAGGCAGAACGGAUCAAUAACUAUUUAGCUUGGUCAGGCAACUUAGCGGGAUGGGGACACGAGCUUCCCUUAUCUCUCGUGGAUCAGGAGCUACUGAAAGGCUAAUCUUGAUGUGGAGGAAAGCUGCUGUUAGACUAAGACUGCUGAAUUUGCUAUUUUUUCAUGGAGAAACUUUAUUUAUGCUACUCUCUCUCUUGUAAUAAAAAAAAUCUGCAGACAUGGUACAUUUGAUUGUAAAAGCCAUUGAAUAAGUUUGGUUUUGCCUCUGAUGGUAAGAAUAUUUUAUACACUUCAAACAGUAUUAUGGGCAUUUUGUGUGUACAGUUUAUUUGUCAUGUCCAUGUCAAAAGUAUAUUCUUAAUAUUUGUGUUGAAAGACUACUCAAAACUACAGGUAUUAAAAGCCAAAGUAUGAAAAAUUGAGGCCAUAUUACACUGCUAUAUUUCUUCCAGUCUUGUGUACAACUUGGAAUAUAACACAAAGGAAUAAUAUAAUGAAUGUUUUGGAUAAGCAUUUGAUAUGGUAUUACUGUAUUAGAAGGAUAUUAGUAGCAUUUUCACGGCUCCCAAGUGUAAUAAACCAAGACUAAACCAAUCCAUCUCGUUUGAAAAUUUAGUUGCACAAAAGAUGCGUAGUAAAUAUGGCCUUGCAAUACGGCCUUCAGGAUGUCUCACGAGUUACAACAAGGUGCUCGAACAAUGGCCUCCAUGUUAAAUGUUCAGCGUUCACGUGGCGCUGACGUUGUCCCACCCCUAGAGGCCAUACGCGAUGUACUGAUAGCAGUUGUGAGAGAUCAUUUGUGUGUAAAUGUUGUCAGGCAUACUAUUCGUUUCUUUGUUGCCAGUGAUUUGGAAAUUUGACAAUGAUGUAUAUGUGGCAAGUAUUGCAGUCGAGUAAUUAUGCAGGUACUGUACUUUUUCAGUCGGCCAAUUCUAUUUAGUUUUAUCUUGCCGACAACGGAUCCUGCGAAGUAACUUAGGGAACCUGCCGGCAUCAUUGCGUGCAAUCCUCUAGAACUGUAAGUAGGCUUUUGUACUCUUUUGUAAAUGCCUAUGGUUAGAUAGUUAUUUUUAUUCUAAUACCUUUUGCACAGGACAGAUUUCAGACUGUUAGGUGCUUUGUCACACAAUUAGCUCUUAACGUGUGUCAAUCAAAUACGGUAAGUCAUGGCAUCAUAUUAUGCUCCAAGUGUAUGGAUGUGAUUACCUGUUCAUUAGAAAUAUCUCAUCUAAAUAUCCCCUCCAUUCACAAACUUCAUUGCCAUUAUUUUUUAAGUUUAAACAUUGAAUAGAAGUGACUUUGUCUUCUGGUAAUUUGUGCGAAGGUGUUGGUGAGGGAGACCCACAUAUAUUAAGUCUUUUCUGGUACUUUUUUGAGGAUAUUUAUCUUGGACCCUCUUAACGUAAGUUGUACGUAAAGUCUCUGGAGGAUUUGUCAAAUUUCUAUCAGUCCCGGGUGUGUCAAAUGUCACCACUCAUCUGCCUCUUAAAUGUAUAAUCAUUAUGAAAGCUUGUGUAUACUAGCCCCAGCACUCUCAGCAAUAAAAUUCCUCACUUGCUAUUGGUGGACUCGGUAGGACUAGCUGCUGAAUGGUAAGAGUUAGGGAUCAGCACCUGCCUGACUACCCUGCUACAGAACAGGAAAUAGCUUGCAGUAUAAAAAAAUAUUCCCCUGCAAACACUCAGGCUUAUAUCUUGUAUUUUAGAGUGCGACCUCGAUGACCUCGGAUGUGAUCUCAAUGGCUUUUAGGGUCAUUCUUCAAGAAACUAACAAAGUAUUUCUAUUCUCACUUGGGAUUUCCAAUUCAUUUAUUUAUAACAGAAGAAAACUUUUCUAACUUAAAAGUUAAAAUCACAAAUUUGCUGCAGCACCUUGUAGGGAAGUGUCUAGCAAUAGUGAAUGAAACAGGCAUAAGAAUCAUGGAAGAAGUUACCAAAUUAUUUAAGAUACUGUAGUUAAUUUUGCUCUGGAGUAAUGUAAUAAAUGUUACUGAAAUUCCGUGACCUUUGUACUCCAAUGUUAAAUAUAAUUAUGAGUUGUUAUAAUGCUAGACAUUAAUUAUCAUUAUUUUCUUCACUUUUAUUAGGCCUUUGUUGCUUUACUGCAUGGUGGCUGAGAACCAAGAGUAAACAGACUCCCUUCAUUCACUUACUGCUAUAACAAGGUCCUAGGGUAUCUACUUGCUCAACCAGUCACUUCUCACACUGACCUGAUCCCCAUCACAACUGGAAAUGCUGCCUUAGUUUCUUGUGAAAUGACACAAGGGUCAUCAAGUUCACACUCGGUAAUACAAAUAGUUACACCUCAGUGUUUUUGUGGUGACACUGUCAAGUCGGUAACGUUUUGGAUUUUUGGCUUUUAUUAGUGCAUAAUUUUCACUCAUGAACCCAGAGAUAAUUGAUGAUCUUUCAUCCACUUGAGAAAGUUGAUAAAUCUCUACAAAACUUCACUUACAUCUACAUAAAGUAAUAAGAAACAAGAAAAAUACCCAUAAUGAGGCACCAAAAAGUAUUUAUUAAUAUCUGGGUCACCCUGGUGUUGGUGUUGAGUACGUGUUGCUUGUGUGAAUGGUGUGUGUCCAACGUAAUGAUGUGUGUUGUGUGAAUGUAUAUGUAGCACGUAGAUGGAACUUGUAAUAUGUGACUCAUGGUAACUUUGAUGUUAAGAGUUGAGUUUCAUUGAAGCUGAAGAGGUGUUGAGGUAACAGGUAAAUUAUAGUACCGGUAUGUAAAAUUUAUGUAAAGAAAUUAAAUUUAUCAUUAUUAUACUUCACCACCAUUGUAUUGUGUGUAAUUAAAGGUAAAUUAAAGAAAAUUAUGAAUACUGUAUCAGUGUUGAGGAAACUAUUGACCAGAUAAAAAAAAAUAGAUUACAGACAGAGUAAUUAAAUCACUUGGUGCAGUUGAGUUAUUACACACUUAUAAAUUACUUUUUUUAUUGAUUCAAAUCAUUAUUAUGAGUUAGGUAUUGUAUGUCAGGUUAUUUGAGUACAAUACUCCCAAAAAAUAACAAAGUAUUAAUGAUAAGAUAAACUUACUUUCACUGCCAGUUUUUAUAAUUCUGUUUAAAGGUAUUACGUAUUUCAAAAUUCAUCAAGUAUUGAUUGAUGGAAUAGUUGCAUAAUAAUACACUAUAUUUUGUUGAUAAAAUUUGACAAUGAUCCACAUGUGUUCACUCAGCUCUUGGCACAUAAUAGUGUUAACCGGCCUGACCAACGGGGGGAGGGGGGGGGUGAAUUCUUACCUCUUCUUAUCACUCAUGGCUCUUCUCUCAUCCAGGGGGAUUCUCUUUGAGGUUGUAACACACAGCAUAGAGGACUCUAGGGUGCACCAGUCUUUGCAUACCUCCUUUACCCACUUUUAUCCUGAUAUCCCAACCCUUGUUCCUUCUGUGUUCCACCUGUCCCUUGUUCUCUCCCAUAUUUUUCCAUCCGUUCCUUGUUCCCUCUUCUGUAUUGUUUCCACUUGUCCCACCCACUCAGUCUCCCUCUACCCAGCACACCUUCCACAUAGCCUCUACUCUCCUCCUGCAUCUUCUACCACAUCCUUACCAUCUCAGUGAACCUCUCCAUGCAUUCCACCAUUCCACAGUUUAUCCUUAAAGAUGACAACAAAAUUAAUGUUUACCUCUGUAGCUCACUGCCCCCUCCGUAAGAUCUGAGUUCAUUGUGGCCUGUCUAGGGAAUUCACUGCUAAGAGGCUUUUGUUACACUACUGGAAUUUCUUUCUUUAGGACAACAUUUAUGAAAGUGAUAAUGGUAAAAACUUUUCCUUACUUUAGAUUUGUAUUAUAAUAAGUGAUUUAAAAGUGAUGUUUAAAAAGUAGUAUUUGGUCAAGUUCCAAUUUGGCCGUAGAGAGAUUGAUCUUGUACUGCCAGGGCGUUCUAAACCAUUAAAAAAAAGUGUUAUUUACAAUCUUAUUUAAUAUAUAAUUUGCAAGAUUUAAGCUAUCAUUAAAUAGUUUCAUUUAAAAAAUGCAUGAUGUAUAAUAAUGUAAGUGCAGAAAAUUUAUUUUGUGUACAGCGGGGGAGUUGUUUGUACAUAUAUUUCUUUGAUAUGUACGUAUUGUAUCUGUGACAUGUAACUGGAAUUACCCAAAGAAAAUUGUACAUUGUAGUGAUCUGUAGUGAAGUAAAUAUUCAGUCAUAUCAAUAUGUUUCUACAUGUUAUGGAAGUUUGGUUACUUUUGCGUCUUGCCAGAAAAAUGCUUUAUUUAUGUCCUUUACAUUUUUCUAUCGGAGCUUGACUAAUUGUUCCAGCUUGCAGAAAUGAGUUUGUGAAAGUAAUUCUCACUAGCAAAAAUUACAUAUCAUUUUUAAAGAUAAAAAUUGAGAAUGUCAAUGUGAGAGAUUACUUACUGCAUGCAGGUGAUAAUAGGGAAGUGAGCAUGAAUAAAUUAUUGUGUAGCUGUGGAUGGUGAGAGUGUGCUGAUACAAGUGGAUGAAACGGAUGGUUGAGUGCGUGCAAUAAAUGAAUACGUGUAGAAAGCUUCUGAUCUGGUUGUGAGUGACUAGAACGAGUGCAGCCUUAGCUUGUACUACCACCACGUGACCAGCCACUAUCUGUGAUAAACGGUGGGGCGCAGUGCCCGGCCCUCAUGUCAUGGCUCAGUCUCAAUAAAUUUAAGUCACAGUC